CGCGUUGCUGGGAGACGGGCGAGGAUGGGAGGUGACGUCAGAGGGUAGCUGCUGCUGCUAGGAGGAGGAGGAGGAGCAGCAGCAGGUCGGUGGCGGUGGUGUCGAUCAUCAGAGCCGGAGCCAUGGGGUCCGCUUCAGAAGAGGAAACUCGCCAGCGGCUGCUGAGAAGCGUCAAGAAAGAGGUGAAGCAAAUCAUGGAGGAGGCGGUAACUCGGAAGUUUGUGCAUGAAGACAGCAGCCACAUCAUCUCGCUGUGCGGCGCGGUGGAGGGCUGCCUCCUGCACGGCCUGCGCCGCCGCGCCGCCGGCUUCCUGCGCAGCGACAAGACGGCCGCGCUCUUCACCAAGCUGGGCAAGGUCUUCCCGCCGGCGGCCGAGCUGUGCCGCAAGGUGCACGAGGUGGAGUCGCGAAACGACAGGUGCGGGUGCGGCAUCGCGCCCACGGGUGCGACGUGGGUACCGGCUGUCCUGUGGGUACUGGUAACCAGGAGAGGCCACCAGUCCCUGAGCCAGGACAGCUCGAAGAAGGGAGGGGGGCUCGGCAAGGGCGGUGGCGGGGGGGGUCUCUCCCCGACGACGGUGAAGCACGUGUGGGUACGCACGGCGCUGUUCGAGCGCGUGCUGGACAAGAUCGCGCAGUACCUGGUGGACAACGCGUGCAAGUACUACGAGAAGGAGGCGCUGCUCAUGGACCCUGUUGACGGAGCCAUCCUCGCCUCGCUGCUCGUGGGGCCGUGCGCGCUCGAGUACACCAAGAUGAAGACCGCCGACCACUUCUGGACAGACCCGUCGGCCGACGAGCUGGUGCAGAGGCACCGCAUCCACAGCGGGCACAGCCGCGCCGAGUCGCCCUCCAAGCGCCCGGCACUCAACAUCAGCCUCACCGAGCAAAUCCGCAAGCGGCACUCGAGCGGCAGCGUGUCGGACGAGCGCGCCACGCUGCUGUCGGCGCGGGACUACGUCGAGUCGCUCCACCAGAACUCGCGCGCGACCCUCCUCUACGGCAAGAACAACGUCCUCGUGCAGCCCAAGGAGGACACCGAGGUGAUCCCGGGCUACCUUUCCCUUCACCAAACGGCGGAGAACCUCACCCUCAAGUGGACGCCCAACCAGCUGAUGAACGGCUCGCUGGGAGACGGGGAGCUCGAGAAGAGCCCCGCCGUGGGUCCCCCCGGGAGCGUGCCGCUGGACAAGAGCCCUUGCCAGAAACUUGUGUACUGGGACUAUGCCAUCACCGUUCACAUGGAGGAUAUCGUGUAUCUGCACUGCCACCAGCAGCCCGACAACGGCGGCACGGUGGUGCUGGUGAGCCAGGACGGCGUGCAGAGACCCCCGCUGCACUUCCCGCAGGGCGGCCACCUCCUGGCCUUCCUCUCUUGCAUGGAGAACGGCCUCCUGCCCCGCGGGCAACUCGACCCGCCGCUCUGGUCGCAGCGUGGCAAGGGCAAGGUGUUCCCCAAGCUGAAGCGGCGAUCGUGCCGCGGCCGCCCGCCCGACGGGGAAGGCGAGGACGAGGCCACAGACUACGUCUUCCGCAUCACCUACCCGAGCAUGCGCAACGAGAACGUGCCCCCUGACCUCCUGGAGCUGCAGGGGGGCAGCAUGCACGCCGUGUUGUCGUGGCAACUGGAGGGGUCGACUCGGCGGGGGUCGUGUUCGUGUUCUCCGGCCGCCACUCCCCCCGACGCUCGCUCCUCCUCGCUCAUCACCUGCGCUCAUGACAGGGCCCCGCUGAAGCUGCUGUGCGAGACCAUGAAGAGGCAGAUCCUCUCGCGGGCGUUCUACGGAUGGCUGGCCUACUGCCGCCACCUUUCCACGGUGCGCACGCACCUGUCGGCGCUCAUCAACCACGACAUGAUCCCGGCGGCGGGCGCCCGGGAGGGACUCACGCCUCUCGUGUGGCAGCAGUACAUGUCCGACAGCAAGAGCAUCAGCGAGGAGGAGCUCCUGCGCCUGGUUUACUACGGCGGAGUGGACCACAGCCUGCGUCACCAGGUGUGGCCCUACCUGCUCGGCCACUACAAGUUCGGGAUGACGGAGCGCGAGCGGAGAGAGACGGACGAGGUGACGCGGGCGCUCUACGAGCACACGAUGGCGGAGUGGCUGGCGUGCGAGGCGAUCGUGCGGCAGCGCGAGCGCGAGUCGCACGCGGCCGCCCUGGCCAAGCUCAGCUCCGGCAGCAGCAUCGACAGCCACGUGCGCCAGCUCAUCCACCGCGACUCGAGCAUCAGCAACGAGGUGUUUGAGUCGGUGGACGAGGUGGAGGGCUCGGCGGGCCGCGACGCCGUCGCCGCCGCCGCCGCCGGCACGAAGGCGGGCGGCGCGGUGAAGCUCGGCGUGAAGCGGGUGCCGGACUCGCCGGACUCGGGCCUCCCGUCCUCGCGCAACUUCUCGCUCGCGUCGUCGUCCCGCGGCACCACGGCCGGCAGCUUCAGCCUGGACGAGAACGGCACCGAGAGCGGCGGCGGCGGCGGCGGAGGGGGAGGAGGAAGCCGGGACCCGGCCGCCGACAAAGACAAGGAGCCUGCGCCCGACCGUGCCGACGGCGCGGGGAGCGGCGGAGACGGACGGCAGCGCGAGGGAGCGAAGAUGGAGACGGAGGAGGAGGAGGCGGAGGCGGCCGCUCGCGAUGACGACGAGAGCGCGGUGGAAGCGGCGGGCGAGGCCGAGGCGGCCGACGGAGGCGCCGCUUCGCUCCGAGCAGGGGACGGCGCCGGCGUGGACCGAGAGGAAGCGGCGCCGAAGACGCCGGGGGGAGCGAGCGGCGAGACCGCCGGCGCCGGCGGUCUCGCGCUCCUCGACGGUAACGUAGCGGGAUGGGACGAGUCGAGGGACAUCGAGGACAUCAUCAUGGAGGCGAUGACUGAAGAGGUAGAAGAAGAAGAAGCAGACGGCGUCGGUGCGGUGGAAGCAGGGAACGGCGGCGGCGGCGGAACGUUGGCGGAGCGUGAUGCGGCGGCGAAGGCCGUCGCGGGAGCCUCCGAGUUGGCGGCAGCGGCGGACAAAACGACGGCGGAGGACACCGAGGAGCUUGCGUCGACGGGCGCGGCCCCGGCCGGCGACGCCGUGAACCGGGCCGCAGGCCGGGAGGGAUCGGGCGGCGAGGAGCAGAGAGCGAGGGGCCUCGGUGAGGUCCCGCGUCUGCAGAGGCAGGUGUCCCAGGGCGAGGAGGAGGAGGAGGAGGAGGGACGGGAGGAGCCGCAGGAUGACGCGUUCACCCGUGACCUCGUCGUGGUGGAAUUGGUCGCGGGGGAGGCCGGGGGUUCGUCGACGCCGCCGGCGACGGGAGAGGCCGUGGCGGCGCCGGCGGCGGCGGCGGCCACGAGCGCCUCGACGUCCAACAACCUGGACGCGCCGGGCGUGCUGCCGUGCGAUGCCGUGUCACCGGCGUCGUCCACGGGCGCCACAUACACGACGGAGCUGCUGGACACGUACGCGCUGAACCUGCACCGCAUUGAGAAGGACGUGCAGCGCUGUGACCGCAACUUCUGGUACUUCACGGCCACCAACCUCGACAAGCUCCGCAACAUCAUGUGCAGCUACGUGUGGGAGCACCUGGAGGUGGGCUACGUGCAGGGCAUGUGCGACAUCCUCGCGCCGCUGCUCGUCAUCCUGGACGACGAGGCGCUGGCUUACAGCUGCUUCACGGAGAUGAUGAAGAGGAUGACGCUCAACUUCCCGCACGGCGGCGUCAUGGACACGCACUUCGCCAACAUGAGGUCUCUCAUCCAGAUCCUGGACCCCGAGAUGUUCGAGCUGAUGGUGCAGAACGGAGACUACACGCACUUCUAUUUCUGCUACCGCUGGUUCCUGCUCGACUUCAAACGCGAGCUGCUGUACGACGACGUGUUCGCCGUGUGGGAGGUGAUCUGGGCGGCGCGCCGCGUCUCCUCCGCUCACUUCGUGCUCUUCAUCGCGCUGGCCAUGGUGCAGCUGUACCGUGACAUCAUCCUGCACAACAGCAUGGACUUCACCGACAUCAUCAAGUUCUUCAACGAAAUGGCCGAGCACCACGACGCGCAGGUGGUGCUCAGGAUCGCGCGCGACCUCGUCAACCAGGUGCAGACGCUGGUCGUCAACAAGUGACCCGGUGACCUCCCGACCUGGCGACACCCGCGGAGCUGAAGUGUGGGUAGUGGUGGGGUGUGGGGUGUGGGGGGCGGUGCACCGUCCAGUCCCCAUCCCCCCCUCUAAGGCUCUAAGUUUGUGCACCCCGGCGGUACGGGAUGGGACUGCGUGUGUGCGUACGUGCACGUGCACGCGUGCGUGUGUACGUGUGGCUGAGCAGUGCGUGCGUGUGUACGUGUGGCUGAGCAGUGUGUGUGUGUGUGUACGUGUGGCUCAGCAGUGUGUACGUGUGGCUGAGCAGUGCGUGCGUGUGUACGUGUGGCUCAGCAGUGCGUACGUGUGUGUGUUGUGCCCUGCAGUGUUCGGGUCAGAUUUCCCGACGUAUUUAUUAAUUUUCGUUGUAAUUCCACUUUUUUCAAACCCCCAUGAAAGAAAGUGGAGAGAGGGGGGGGGGCGGUGGGGAACAGAAAAAAACACAAAAACAAGCUGUGAGUUUGCCGUGAUUGAAUGUAUUUUAUGUAAAUUAUAACCAGUUGUCAAUUACUUAUAUAAAUGUUGAUAAAUACUAUAUAUAAUACAAUAUAUAUGGCAUAUUUAUUUUUCAAAAUAAUUCAAAGUGCUUUAUUAGGUUAUUGUACAUUGUUAGAAGAGUGGAGUUUGAGUUUUAGAUUUUUAAAUAAUGCUUUGAUGACAAGGUCGUUGAAUGUCCCUAGCCAGUACGCAUAUUGUAACCUGCGGCUCGUUCGGCUCACUAUGGCUUUCGGUGUUCGAGUCCCGGUGAUUACGCUUGUGAUCGCGCGGUGGCGCUCAGUGACAACAGCUUGUACGAGCCAAAACGCCCCACGGCCAAUAAUGACUCACAGCAGCGACCGACAGGCCCAUCACGUCGGCACCCCAAGCACUCGACGUCGGGUGACAGUCGGGAGGCUCCGCUCGCCGGAGGGAACGGAUUUUCACAAACGAGGCGCCUCAACUGACCCCGGUAACCGAUUCGCGCGGAGCCGAUCGGAGCGUAGCUGCGGUGACGAACGCGGCCGCCCUCCGAGUCACCGCUGUGCCACCAACGCACACGCAGAGUCCCUUUUGGCGCUUGCGGAUCUUGGUAUUUGCGAGCAUACGCGCAAGGCCUAUAUUUGCAUCUGUCCACUGCCGAACGAGGGCCUCCUCUGUGCCGCAUGCCUCGUGGCUGGUUAUUUGACCGUACUUCACCGCGCCGGUUCGCGCGGGUCCGGUGAUGGCGUGGAGCACGGACAUUGGCGCGUCGUUGGACGGUACGGAAAUGGAUAGUUGCCGUGCUGCCCUCUGCUGCCUGUAGCCGACGUAGUCUGUGACCCAACUCACACGGAAUGGUCUUGGAAACGAGCCGGGAUAGUGCUUGGAUUGGGCGACCGCCGUGCCACGGAACAGUUGCUGUGGCGCUACGUGCGUCGGGUAUAUUAGUGGGUGCGAAAUUAAACGAUGCGUGAUGAAAACCGGAGGCUCGGUUGGUGUCAGGUGUUGGCUUACGAUCGAAGUUUGGUGGCUGCAAAAAAAAAACGUUUGCAGAACAGCGGUGAAGACGCAACGCUGCGUGGAUUUAAACAACAAAACCGUGUCGCCCUUCACCAGUCCUGAUACCCGGCCCACAUGUUUUGGUGCAAACCUCAUUUGCAGUCCCGUAAUUAAAUUAGGAAUGCCGAUGUUUCGGAAUAAUAAUAAAAGAAGUUGGUAAUUAUAGUGAUUUGUAUUUUGGUCAAAUUGCAACUGCUCUGAUAAAUUGCUGCUGGUAAAAACAAUUGUUUAUCUUUGCCGCAAAUUUAAUUAAUUACGGUUAUAUUGACUCUCCGAGCUGCAGUAAUGACGAGCCUAAUUGUGAAUUAUCCACAGUCCCGUGCCACUUCCAGUUACCGCCACCAGCAGCGUCUCUUGAGCUGCAUCUGUGGCCGAGCUGGGAGCUGUGCGUCGAGCCCUGCCAUGGGUGACCUGACCCUGGCAUGACCCCUGACCCUGGCAUGACCCCUGAUCCGUGGCGUGGCCCCGCAAGGGCCCGCGUGCGACGUGGUGGAUGGGGGGGGGGGUCCUGCUGUGAAUCUCUAAACCUCGACGAGGCAUUACAACCGCAUUACAAUCAAAAUUGUGUCGACCUUGAAGGCUGUCCUAUCGUCGCGUCAUUAUUAUCGUCGCCCGUUGUCGUCCUUCGACUGAAUACUUCGAUCCAAAGCAGAUGAUAUUUUUUUUUUAAAGUGGAACGUUGUUCAAAACAUAAACCAUUGCCGCCCCGCUGGCACGAAAGCUCCGUGGGGACGAGACUGGGACGAUGACGCGCCGCCCGGGGUCACUUGGGCCCCGACAGCCGCGCUUCGCUUCCCGCGGUGGCCCAGGGUCGUGCGCUGCCCCCCCCCCCCCACCGCCGUUCAGUAGGCCAGCUGCAGCACAGGUGUAAGGCUUCUCCACUGCUAGCCGUGACGGUAGCGGGCACACGUCCACCCGGUGUUGAGCUGCGAUGAGAAUCCUCCCUGGGCUUGCUUGGAUCCUCGCUCCUUCACGAGGCCGCCGUGUUACACCCCCCCCCAGCCCCCGUGAUUCUGUCCGACACCUUAGCGAGCCCCAGCUUUUCUGCUGUCGUGGGGUUCACGUUGAGGUUACAAUGGGCGGGGUGGUUCCAGAGCCCCUGAAAGGGAGCUGCUGCUGUUGCUGCCCACUGCUGCCGUCAGCGGCGGGUGCUGCUGCUGCUGCCGCUACGGCUUCUGCUUAUUGACGCUCCGUGCGGCAUGGUGUUUGUGCGGUGAAUUAAUACACCGGUAUCAUCGUUACAGGCAGUGGCCGUGAGCGUGUGUAACUUGUGGAUACCGUGACUAGUGUGUGUGUGUGAGCGUGGGUACUUGUGGAUACCGUGAGCAGUGUGUGUUGAGUGUGUGCUGUUUUUUUUAAUUUGUAACUCAUUCCAUCAGCUUCGGUCACGCGUUGAAUUCGUCGCCGCCGCAGACGAACGUGGCGAUAUCUCUCUCUCUCUCCCCGAUUUCAUUCUCCGCGCGUCCAGUGUCGUGUUUGUGCGACUCGAGAUUGUUGCCCUCGCCAGCGUGAGAUCUGUGGGAUACUUACCGUGACGUCUCCUCCUCGUUCCGCUCUUCCUCCUCCUCCCAGCGAUCUCUCCUCCUCUCUCCUCCCUCCCUCCCCUCUUCGUGUCGUUUUGUCAAUGCUGUACUCAACCAAACCUGAAGCAGUGUCUCUUGUUUUGUUAAUUAUAAUACAGAUGACUGUAUGUACACUCC